AUGUACAAACAAUACAAUAGACGAGAUAGCACACGGCGUAAGGGUGCGUGCAACGAGCGCGGACCGACACCGGUGGGUGGGGCGCGCGGUGGGAGCGAUUCAGAGAGCCAGUCGAGGGCGAGGGUUGGCGUCGAGCGAUUAUUCCCGCACGGCGGUGAGGCUCGCUCGCGUGCCGGCGAAGCAUCGGCAGUGAGGGUGGCAGUAGCAGGAGGAAGGCGUGUCACGUGCGUGGCAGUAGCCGUGGCCGUGGCGGCUGCCGUGUUGGGAAGGCCAUCCACGGUCUGGAUGGAAACCGGGGCAGACUCGCAGGCUCCCCAGGCCGUCGCAGGCAUUAGGAUUGGCAUUGGCACGACACAACGAGAACGGCCAGGCCAGGCUCUUUUUUGCAGCCAAGGCCCUGUGCGACGGAACCGUGUUUCAAUUUCUCCACGGCACACGCUGGGCGUGUAG